AUGACUGACGCUAACACGAAUAGAUACAUUUCGGGCGCUCAAGCUCUACUAAACCAGCUGAAAGUGCAGAAGGCUGAGGUACCCGACGAGAUAUUGCGCGUACAAGAUCUAAUUGAGUGUCUGGACAAUAAUGCAAAAAAGAUAGCAGCGGCAUUGAUGGUCAAUCGUCGACGAGGUGCGAGUAGUACAGGUGCCGAUACAACUGCACAACUAUUGAAGGAGCAGAAGGAGCUCAUUUCUUCAAUCGCCGGGUUAUAUGAGCAGAUGAGUAACAAACCAGAUCUACUCUCUGAUCAGGGAACAUAA